GGCACACAAUUCAAAGCAGAGUCGGUAAACCGCCGACCUUCUGGUGUGUGCCAUGGGCACAUGCUAAUCACUAAAAUCUAUACAUUUGGAGGGUUUUGAUUGGUGUGGUGGUUGUAAAUGCAGGGGGUCCACCAUUAUUAGAGAGUGUAAGCCAAUCAAAAACUUCGAAAUUCAUAGAUUUUAGCACUUAGUGUGUGCCCAUGGGCACACCAUAGAAAAACCGUUAGAAAAACCAUAAAUUCACUGAAAAUCUAAUUUCGCUGGCUUUAUUAAUUUCCGAAAAUUCAACUCAAUAUCAAUAAAUUUAAAUUCAACUACCACCACUUAAAAAAACACAAAAUCGAAACAAACCUGCAACUACUUCAUUCAGACAACACAUCGGUUACAUCGACAAACUCUCUUCUACUUCAACUACUUCAAUCUCUACUUUUAUUUACACACACGCAUAAAUAUAUAGACACACACGUUGAUAUCAUCGUAUAUAAAGUCUUAAGUGUUGCUUCAAAGGCCUCUACUAUGGCGGCCUUAAGGUUGUUCAUGUUGUUGUGUGUAGUGUUUGUCUUAAUUGUAAGCAGUGUAAGUGGCGAAAGUGAUGCUUCAUCCACCGUUGAUCACGUUGUUGGAUCGGACGGUUCUGAUGAUGUUAAGAUUCAAGUGGAGCAACUCAAGGCUAAGAUUCAUUCACUUGAGUCACAUGUUGAUUUGAAGACCCAAGAAGCAAAAAGUAAGGAUGAUAAAAUAUUGGAGAAGGAGAAGAUUAUUAAAGAGAAGGCAGAUACUAUAGCUUCGCUGCACAGUGAGAUAGCUUCUGUCCAAAAAAAAGGAAACUCCGUUGUUGAAGAGCAGCUAGCCAAGGCUCAUGCCCGGGCUGCUGAGCUAGAGAAGCAGGUGGAGAACCUAAAGAAAGAGACUGAACUGAGGGCCAGAGAAAAGGGUGCGUUAGAAUCUCGGGUAUCUGAAGCCGAGAACAAAGUUCGUGAAAUAAGUUCAAAGCUCAAAAGUCUCAAAAAGAGUAUUGAUGAAAACAAGGUCAAGAUUAAGAAGACUGAACGUGCCCUUCAAGUUGCUGAAGAAGAAUUGAUGAAGACAAAAUUCGAGGCCAAUGCAAAAAUUAAGGAGUUAACAGAGGUUCAUAGUGCAUGGCUACCACAUUGGCUUGCAGCUCAUGUGUCUAGUUGUCAGUCAUAUGUGGAGACACAAUGGAAUAUGCAUGGAAAGCCUGCCGCGCAACUAGUGAUCGAAAAGGCAAAAGUAAAGAAGGAACAGGUUGAGAAGUGGGCUGAACCCCAUGUGGAGAUCGUGAAAACUAAAUGGAUCCCUUCUGUCAAGGAUCAAUGGUUCGUUAUCAAAUCUAAAGCCGAACCCCAUGUGCAGUCAUUCACCACAAAGUUUAUUGAGGUUUAUGAAACAUCCAAGACUGCCGUAAGUCCGCAUGCCAUCAAAGCACAGGAAGUUGUUAAUUCAUAUUAUCAGGAAGCCAAGAAAUUUAGCAAGCCACACAUUGAUCAGGUUGCCAGCGCAGCAAAGCCUCAUGUCGAUAAAGUACAUGGUGCUUUGGAGCCAUACUUGAAAGAGGUGCUUCAUGCUUAUGGAAAAUUUGUUGAAUAUGCGACUGCGUACCACCAUGAGGUUCAAGGUACUUUGCAAGAAUCACUUCGAAAGCAUGACCUGACCAAAGCAAUAGCAACUAAAGAGUUGGUGUGGUUUGCGGCCUCAGCAUUAUUGGCUCUGCCAGUCAUCAUUUUGUUCAAAAUUUGUUCAACGAUGUUCAGUAAGAAACAACAAAAACCCAAUCGAACUGGCAAUACUAACCAUUCUCGUCGAAAGGCUAAACGUGGGCAUGCAGAGAAGUAGUACCAUAGAAUUGGAUGAUGUUAUCAUGCAUAUUUGAGGUGUGGUCAACACUGUUUUCAAUAGGUCUUUGCAAGUUCAUUUUCUCCACUAUUGCUUAACACAGGCCGCUGCUGCUUCUGAUUUCUGAAGGAGGCUUCUGAUUUCUGAAGGAGUCAUCUCUAUCAUCCAUAUUCCCCUUCCACCGAAAGUUUUAGGCAGUGAUAAUACGUAUGUAGGUUGUUCACAGUAGAUGUAAUUGUUCCUUUUGCUCGUAAGGUUUUUGAAUUUACAGAAAGAACUUCAGUUACAACAAUGUAUCCACAGAGGAAAUAUAUCUUUUGUAAUACGUUUCGAGCUUUUCAUCACUCAAUAUAGUAUUGUUUGCAAUC